UUAGGACUGUCCAUCACUGUACAUCUGGAAUAACACGAGUAUUCACAUAGUCCGCGCUACCGUGUAGCCUGCAGGCCACGGGAGAGGGUGAGUUAUGGCAGUUUUAAUGUUUGACGUGAGACAGGCCGUUGCGAAGAUGAAAGCGGACUCCGAUUCACUCUGACUUCAUGCACCCUUUUUUAAUUCAGUAAAACAUGCCCACUGUCAACAUGGCAGAGCAGUCGACUGCAGUGCCCUCUCCUAAUAUGGCGGCACUUAGCCCGGCUAGAUCAUUGACUGUUAUUUUCUUAAUUGUCAGCGGCUAUCUGGUAAGCUCUACAAAUGGAAAGGAGGGGACAGAGGAAACUGUCAUCAUAGGUAUUAGGCUGGAGAAUUCGGACGAAAUAUCCUACAUGGAUGGAGGCUUUUUGCGCGUUAGCGAGCGCUCGCGUGUCAAGUUGAGGGUCUAUGGGCAAAACAUUAACAACGAGUCGUGGUCCAAGAUUGCCUUCACUGAGCACAGGCAAACAAGUGUCCCGAAGGACGCGGAUAGCCCGUCAGACUUGAACCUGCAGAACCAUGGCGAUGCGUAUUCGGGAGAGACAUGCGGCAUCCGCUCCUCUGAUAUAAUUAUUCUUCCCCAUGUGAUAGUGGACCGAAAAACAUCGGGCUUGAUUGAAAUAGACGUGAAACCUCUACGGAAAACAGAGAAGAGUAAAGCUUACUACCUUUGCAUUGCCACGGCAUCUGCCGGCCCACCAGGUACAUCGGACGGGUGGCCUGAGAACACCUGGAUUUACCACGAUGGCCUAGACACCAAAGUGCUUGUGGUGGAGGAGAAAAAGUUCCUCCUACCGUUCUGGCUCCAGGUGAUCUUCAUCGGGAUGCUGCUCUGCCUCUCGGGGAUGUUCAGUGGGCUAAACUUAGGACUUAUGGCCCUUGACCCCAUGGAACUGAGGAUAGUUCAAAAUUGUGGGACAGAGAAAGAAAGGAAAUAUGCAAAGAAGAUCGAACCUGUGCGAAGUCAAGGUAACUAUUUAUUGUGCUCUCUUCUAUUAGGAAACGUCCUAGUAAACACAACACUGACGAUUUUGCUGGACGACAUUGCUGGGUCGGGUUUGAUAGCCGUGGUAGUGUCCACUAUUGGCAUUGUCAUUUUUGGCGAGAUUGUACCUCAAGCUAUCUGCUCACGGCACGGACUGGCGGUGGGUGCAAACACAAUUUUUCUGACGAAAUUUUUCAUGAUCCUCACCUUCCCUGCUUCAUACCCGGUGAGUAAACUUUUGGACCAUGUACUUGGACAAGAGAUUGGCACUGUGUACAACAGAGAGAAACUGUUAGAGAUGCUGAGGGUGACGGAUCCCUACAAUGACUUGGUGAAAGAGGAGCUGAACAUCAUUCAGGGUGCUCUGGAACUCAGGACCAAAACGGUGGAGGAUGUGAUGACCCCCUUGAGGGAUUGUUUCAUGAUCACUUCAGAAGCCAUCCUUGAUUUUAACACCAUGUCUGAAAUUAUGGGAAGCGGAUAUACCCGCAUCCCUGUGUUUGAAGGGGAGAGGUCCAACAUCGUAGACCUGCUGUUUGUUAAAGACCUGGCCUUCGUGGAUCCGGAUGACUGCACGCCGCUGAAGACCAUCACCAAGUUCUACAGCCACCCGCUACACUUUGUCUUCAAUGACACAAAGUUGGAUGCUAUGCUUGAGGAAUUUAAGAAGGGGAAGUCUCACUUGGCUAUCGUACAGCGGGUCAAUAAUGAGGGAGAGGGUGACCCCUUCUAUGAGGUUUUGGGCAUCGUCACCUUGGAGGACAUAAUCGAGGAGAUCAUCAAGUCAGAGAUCCUGGACGAGACAGACCUAUACACCGACAACAAAACAAAAAAGAGGAUAGUCCACCGCGAACGCAAGCAGGACUUCUCCGCCUUCAAGCCCGUGGAGAGCGAGCUGAAGAUCAAAGUCUCCCCUCAGCUCCUGCUUGCCACCCUGCGUUUCCUAGCAACAGAGGUGGAGCCCUUUGGUCCAGCUCAGAUGUCGGAGAAGAUUCUGCUGCGUCUCCUGAAGCAUCCUCACGUCAUUCAAGAGCUCAAGUACGACGACAAGAACAAGAAGCAGCCCGAGCACUAUCUCUUCCACCGCAACAAGCCUGUCGACCACUUCAUUCUCAUCCUACAGGGUAAAGUGGAAGUUGAAGCAGGCAAGGAGGGAAUGAAGUUUGAAGCGGGGCCCUUUUCUUAUUACGGAAUGCUAGCCUUGACCUCCUCCCCAGUUCCUCUCUCCCUGUCUCGAACCUUCGUGGUCAGUAGGGCGGAGUCUUUAGCUGGAUCCCCAGAGAACAAAUCACCCCCACGGCCUUUUGGUCUGAACCACUCUGACUCUCUCAAUCGAUCGGACCGCCUUGACGCAGUCACACCAACUCUGGCUAGCAGCAACAACCAGCUCAAUGCCUUCCUGCAGAUCUAUGUUCCGGACUAUUCCGUCAGAGCCACAUCGGAUCUCCUCUACAUCAAGGUCACGAGGCAGCAGUAUCAGAACGCCCUGACCGCUUCCCGCAUGGAUAAGACACCCCAGUCUACCGACGGGGAGUUUACCAAGAUCGAGCUGACCCUCCCCGAACGGUCGACCGGCGCUGUGGACGACUCAGUCAGCCCGCUUCUACCCCAGCCCAACAAUGUGCACGUGCACGGCAACUCCAACUGCAAUGCGCACUCACACACAAACACACACUCACAGUCAAACCACACGGGCCACAACGAAGGCGCCAUCUAAGCGUCUCCACACACACACACACACUCGCUCACACACUCCCUCACACACACACACGCACUCGACACACACACACACACACACACACACCCCAGAGAGUGGAGGUGGGAGUGGGGGUGAGAGACAGAGAAAGAAAUCGAGUGAGAGUGAGAGAGAGAGACACACACAGACAGAGAGAAAAAGACAAGUUUUUACCAUCACGAGAAGGUCACAAGAAAAUACAAUCCACAAUCCACAGGAGACAGGGGCAGACAGACCGACAGACCAGUCCGGCGUCAACGCCGCGCCGAGCCGAGCCUCACUCGCACCCCACCCACACUGGACCACCAGAGCUACCGGCAGGCCUCUGCAUGGGGCAUUGCUGAGGGCAGGGAUUUAUCCCAUAAUUUCCCCCCAGGUGACCACCUGGAGUAGAGGCCAACCUGACAACAACGGACCACAGACAGCUUACACAGGGGCGCUGCCAGGGUGCCGCAGGAACCUGGGGAUCCUUUUCAGGAGGGAGCCUAGAGGCGGCACCUUCCCCUUCCCUCCCCCACCCCACCCCCUCAGCGAGGGCACCUCAGAGAGGCCCAAGGCCCAGCCAGAUGGGCCCCUUGCAGCCUCAUGUCGAACUCAGGUCACUGUUUACGGUGCUCUGCAUGACCAGGACAGUGAACAAGCUGAGGAAGUGCCGUGUGAAGGAUCAUAAAUAGCGACAUACUAGCGACGCAUGCACACACACACAGAAAAACACACACGCACACAUACAUACGCAUGUACACAGAGAUUGAGAAAAAUAGACCUUAACGUGGACAACUGUCCUCAGGCUCUACACAGAGAAGUCUUACACACCGCUACUCUUUGUUGAGUAGCUCACCCCUGCACUGGUGAACUUCAACACUCACACACACUCAUUUUAAGCUAUGCUUGAAUAGGACGUCUCACAGGUACAGGCUCCGGACCCUCCAUCCACUUCCCCACCCCCACACAUAGGGCAGCGGUGGCUCACAGAGACGAGCCAGCAGUCCUCGUCUGCUGUGGGCCCAAGAGGAACACUCUUGAAGGAGGAGGAUUCUUAUCCUAAAGCCUUGGAUUCAAACGGUCAUUGUAACUUCAACGAAAAGUCUUUAAUCCCACAGGGCACUCCAUUCAUUCGUUCGUACAUUCAUUCAGUCAGUCAGUCCAAUGAGUUGGGCCGUUCCACUGGAGAGAGCGUGUGUGUGUGUGUGUGUGUGUGUGUGUGUGUGUGUGUGUGUGAGAGAGUCCACAUGGGCGCCAGAGCAAGAGGAAGCGCGUUUGAACUGCUUGACCAAAGACACUGGACAAUGGAGACGGCAAAAACAAAUGCAUUCACCAGGGGAAGGGAGGGGGCAUGGAGAAUUUUGACUGUGCCAAAAAGAAACAAAGAAAUGUCUUUUGGUGGCUACACAUGGUAUUUAUUUCCCUGCUGAAAGUAACGGUGUGUAUUCAUGUGUGUGUGCGUGCGCACAAGUGCGCUGGUGAAUACAUGUAUUGUACACUUACAGUACAAAGGCAGUCGGUGUAUGUUUACAUGCAAGCGCCUUUUCAUUUGUAUAUUUAAGUAGAUAGUAUUUUUUUUUCUUUUUUUACUUUGGUUAUAUGAAGAAGAAAAAAUCUCAAGGUACAGAAUUUUUUUUUACACUGUUCUGAUAAGCUGUCUGUUUUAAUCACUAGUCUUAAAGACCAUCUUUUAUUUUAGAGUAGCUACAUAUGCCCUUAUGUUGACAUGAUUGUAACAAAGUGGAUGUAUAUUUUUUAACUUAUAGUUAGCUAUGACAAUGGUG